AUGGCUGUGUAUAAGCUCACGUACUUAAAUCUUCCUGCACUGGCAGAACCUAUCAGGUUUCUCUUGUCUUAUUUGGAAAUCGAUUUUGAAGACAUUCGGUACGAACGUGAAGAAUGGCCAUCAGUCAAACCCACUAUGCCAUUUGGUAAAAUCCCAGUUUUAGAAAUUGAUGGUAAAGUAUUGAAUCAAUCAACAGCCUUAUGUCGUUAUUUAUCGAAAAAAGCUGGAUUAGCGGGUAGCGAUGAUUGGGAAUCUUUACUGAUCGAUAUCACCCUUGAUAACUUUAAUGAUUUCCGAGAAGCUUUUCGAACGCAUAUAAUUUUUGUAAGUGAAGAAUCUAAAGCUGAAAAAUAUGUGACUCUAAUAAAUGAAAUUAUUCCGUUGUAUAUGAAUAAAUUUGAAAACAUUGUGAGUGAAAAUGACGGAUACUUUGUAAAUGGAAAGUUGUCCUGCGCUGAUAUAUACUUUGCAGCAAUAAUAGAUUUUUUCAGCUAUUUGGGAAAAGUGGACUUACUAGAAAACCGUCCAAAAUUACAAGCCCUUAAAAAGAAAAUAUAUGAAAUACCUCAAAUUAAAUCAUGGAUCGCCAAACGACCAGCAUUCUCUUAUGCUUGGUCAAAUGAUAACUAA